AUGUGGGGGUGGGUUGUGGGGUUUGUGGUUGGGGGUUGUUGGGUGUGUAGUUUUGGUGGGGGAUGGUUGAGUUGUGGGUGUGGUGGUGGGUUGGGGGUUAUGGGAAAGGUGGAGUAUUGGGGGGGGGGGGGGGGUGGUGUGUUGGUGUUUGGAAAGGGAUGGUAUGGUUUAGUGGGUGGUUGUUGGUUGGGUGGGGUUGGGAUAUGUUUGGUAUUAGUAAAGUGGUUGGGGGUUUUUGGGGGGGGUGGUGUAGUGAGGAGGGUAGGUGAUUUGGGGUGUGGGGGGGGUUGGUGGUGGGUAGAGGGGGGGGGGGGGGGUAUAGAUGUGUUGGGUUUGGUAUUUUUGGGGGUGGGAGUGUGGGUAGUGGGGUGGGGAUUUUUGGUUGUGGUGGGUGGGUUGGGGGAAAGGGUGUUUUUUAUUAAGAUUGUGUGUUUUGUGUGUUGGGGUGUGGUUGGGUGGUGGGGGGUGGGGUGUGGGUGUGAGUUGGGGGGGGGGGGGUGUGUGGUGGGGUUUGUGGGGGGGGGUAGUGUGUUGUGUGGGGAGGGAUAA